AACAUCGACCAGAAAUAAAAACCGAAGGGACGUCCACGCGCCACCGUUUUUCACCUCCUCCGGCACGAUCGGCAUCUACAGAGAACUGCUACGCUGCACACUCUUCUACGUUUUGAAGAAUCCGCAUCUUUUUCUGUGUUUCUAUCCUCCAUCUCAUGCAUCCAUCUUCGUCUCGACCACUUUCCUCUCCUCAUUCUCUAGGUUUUCUGACGAUCCUGUUGCGCGAGGAAACCACCUCAUCCUUCUCUGGCUUCCACUUUUCCCUGCUGGUGGGGACAUAAGAUUGCGUGAGGUUCCGAUCCACAACUUCAAUGGCUGCUGUUUCCGUCGCAGCGGAGUGGCCCCCCCGCUACUACCGCAAGCCCGAAAUCUACUCGAUGCAAUGGGGUCGAAUGGAUCUCAACCGUAACCGCGUUGCCUGCGCUCCUUUUGGAGGCCCCAUUGCCGUCAUCAGGGACGAUUCCAAGAUUGUUCAGCUCUAUGCCGAAUCUGCACGUCGAAAGCUCUACAUCUUCAAUUCCGCCGGAGUUCUCCUUGCUUCGACAGUGUGGGACCGUCCUGGUGGCCGGCUUGUCGGCAUGGCGUGGACCGACGAACACGUCCUUGUCUGCGUCGUCCAGGACGGCACCGUAUAUAGCUACGAUGUUCACGCAGUGCUCGCUGCCUCUCAAUUCUCCAUGGGAAAGGAGUGUUUUGAGCAAAGCGUCGUCGAAUGCGUCUUCUGGGGGAAUGGCAUGAUCUGCCUCACUGAGGGCAACCAGAUAUUCUGCGUUUCUGAUUUCAGAAAUCCUCAGCCUUGCAAGCUCGCUGACCCCGUGCUGGAGGAUUAUCCUCUCUGUGUUGCAGUGAUUGAGCCACAGUACACAAUGCAUGGGAAUGUGGAGGUGCUACUUGGGGUUGAGGAUCAUGUACUUGUUGUGGAGGAGGAUGGUGUUCAGCAGCUCGGGUUUGGGAUUGGUCCCCUGCAGAAACUGGCAGUAUCACCCAAUGGAAUGUACCUUGCUGCCUUUACACAUGAUGGGAGGCUACUUGUUAUACCUACAGAUUUUUCAAGGAUCAUAUCGGAGUAUUCUUGCGAGUCAGCAUUACCUCCAGAGCAGAUCGCUUGGUGUGGAAUGGACAGUGUUCUUCUCUAUUGGGAGGAUAUGCUUUUAAUGGUGGGCCCUACUGGUGAUCCAGUGCGUUAUUUAUAUGAUGAACCGAUAAUACUCAUUCCCGAGUGUGAUGGUGUGCGAAUUAUUACCAACUCAUGCAUGGAAUUCGUUCAAAGAGUUCCUGAUUCAACAGUGUCUAUCUUUCAAAUCGGAAGCACAAGGCCAGCUGCAUUAUUAUAUGAUGCUUUGGAGCACUUUGAUAAGCACAAUGCUAAGGCUGAUGAAAAUUUGCGAAUGAUCCGUGCUUCGUUGCCUGAGGCUGUUGAGGCUUGUAUAGAUGCUGCUGGACAUGAGUUUGAUGUGUCUAGACAACGUACAUUACUAAGGGCUGCUAGUUAUGGCCGUGCAUUUUGCAGCCAGUUUCCACGUGAUUGAUUUCAAGAAAUGUGCAAAACUCUACGUGUUCUUAAUGCUGUUCGGAACCAUGAAAUUGGCAUUCCACUGAGCAUCCAACAAUAUAAGCUUCUUACAGCGCCAGUUUUGAUUUGGCGUUUGAUUAAUUCCUACAACCACCUUCUCGCUUUGAGGGUCUCUGAGUAUCUUAAUUUGAAUCCAGAAGUUAUUAUAAUGCACUGGACAUGCACAAAGAUAUCAGCUUCUACAGCCAUUGAUGAUGCUUCUCUGCUGAACAUUUUAUUGGAUAAGCUGAAGUUGUGCAAAGGUUUAUCCUAUGCUACAAUUGCAGCUCAUGCUGAUAACAGUGGGCGGCGGAAGUUAGCUGCCAUGUAUGUGGAUCAUGAACCGCUGUCUUCCAAACAGGUUCCUUUGUUGCUAAGCAUUGGGGAAGAGGAUACAGCUCUGGUAAAAUCUACUGAAAGUGGUGAUACUGACCUUGUAUAUCUUGUGUUGUUCCAUAUCUGGCAGAAGAAGCCAUCUUUAGAUUUUUUUGGAACAAUAAAUGCAAGACCUUUAGCUCGAGAUCUAUUCAUCACAUAUGCUAGGUUAUAUAAGCAUGAAUUCUUAAAGGAUUUUUUUCUGUCUACAGGCCAGCUUCAAGAUGUUGCUUUUCUUUUGUUGAAAGAAUCAUGGGAUUUUGAAAAGAAUCCUAUGGCUAGCAAAGGAUCUCCACUCCAAGGUCCACAAAUUCGGCUGAUUGAGCAGGCACAGAAGCUUUUUUCUGAGACUAAAGAACAUAAUUUUGAAUUAAAAGCUUCUGAAGAGCAUGCAAAAUUAUUGAGGUUACAACACGAGCUUGAAGUGUCAACGAAACAGGCUAUAUUUGUUGGUUCAAGCAUCAGUGAUACAAUUCGCACGUGCAUUGUGUUGGGUAACCAUAGAGCUGCUUUGAGAGUUAGAACCGAAUUCAAGGUUUCUGAUAAGAGGUGGUAUUGGCUCAAAUCAUUUGCACUGGCUACAGUGAGAGACUGGGACUCCCUUGAAAAAUUUUCUAAAGAGAAAAGGCUGCCGGGUGGAUAUAAGCCUUUUGUCGAAGCAUGCAUUGAUGCAGAUGAGAAGAAUGAAGCAUUAAAAUAUAUCCCCAAACUCACUGACCCUCGAGAAAAAUCAGAGGCAUAUGCACGGAUUGGCAUGGCCAAGGAAGCUGCAGAUGCUGCAUCUCAGGCGAAGGAUACCGAGCUUUUUAGUCGUUUGAAGCUAACUUUAGCUCAAAAUGCUGCUGCUGCUUCCAUUUUUGAAGGUUGGAGAGAACGUCUAUCUUUCCAAGGAGUCUACUGAUCAUAUUUUUAUUACUGAUUUCCUAUCAGGUUAAUCCCGUGUUACCCAUUGCAGAACAUCGUUAUCCUUGACCUAUUUGUGUAACACGAGGAGAUUUAAAUACGAAUUAAGCAUUGUGCAAUAUGGCCAAUCAACCUUAUGUUUUAUACUUAUUUCAAUAAAAUAUGUAGUAAAGGUUGUAUAAUAAAAUGUGCACAUGUAUAAUUAAAAAAAAGAAAAAAAAUUUGUCUUUAA